AGUUUGUCUCUCACCCAGUUCCGUCGCCACCCUCCUCCCUCCCUCCCUCCACCCCCCCCAACACUUCGGGGACAGAGUCGGAGGAAGGAAGGAUGGGAAUAAGUCAUAUUUGAAGCAAGGGAGUUGUCAUGUUUGAAAGCCUGCGCUGAUGAUGGGACACUGGUUCUCGCAGCGCUGAGGGAAGGGAGGAACUCCUCUGCGUGUGUGUCACCCCCCCCAAAAAAGACGACUGUCUCAUGUCCAAGGACACCGUCCUUCUUCCGGAUGGGCCGGCAGGGCCAGGGCAGGGCCGCGAGACAUGUCCCCUGCUGCCAGCCUCCCAAGAUGCCGGCGACAGCAAAUCGUCGGGAGGAAAGCCGUCUCCCAGGAAACCAGCCGCCGAAAGACCGAGUCACGUGACGGAGGAGACGCCGGAUCACUGCGAAGCUGUGAGAACUCAACCCCAGACUCAGACGGUGCCCUCGGAGCCGGCCGAGGGAGACGCCGGCAAGGACCAAAACGUCUUUCGCCACAAACGGGCGCCCGCGCUGAGUAACGGCAACGGCGUCGGCGGGGCCAACGGCGGCACGAGCGCCGCCGCGUGUAAGUCCGGCCCCGGCGCCAGAUCGGCGGCGGCCGCGGCGACGGAGCAGCCCAGGAAGCAGCCGUCCACGCCCGUCUCGCAGAGGGUGCAGAGGAAGUUGAGGUCCAGCCUGUCGGUCAACAGCGACAGCAGCAGACGCAGCAAGGGCAGCUCCACGGGGUCGCAGAAACCUCCGUUGCCAGAGGACUGCUGCGUCCACUGCAUCUUGGCCUGCCUGUUCUGCGAGUUCCUGGCGCUUUGCAACGUGGUGGCGACGCAGGCCUCGUGCGGCGCCUGCUCCCCGGAGGCCUGCUGCUGCUGCUGCUGCGCCGACGACCUGGCCGACGACUGCAACAGCCCCUGUGACAUGGACUGUGGCCUCAUGGACGCCUGCUGCGAGUCUUCGGAUUGCCUGGAGAUCUGCAUGGAGUGCUGCGGCAUCUGCUUCCCCACAUAGGGAGGCCCCCGAGUGUCUCAUCGGGGGGGAGAACUGGACCCGGGAUGGAAGAAGGCAGGGAAACUGCUGCCGCUGUCACUCUGGAGACGGCAGCAGACAGAAGGCUCCUGUGUGUGUGUGUGUGUGUGUGAUGGUUGACGUAUGUGUUUGUGAAUGUUCUUUUUGAUGUAUGUGUGUUGACUGUUGAGUGUGUGUGUGUGUGCGGUAGAAGAUGUAUUUUUUGCCACUGGGCUUCGCCAUCAGAACCAGCUCAGCAGUCACUCCGUCUUCACGUCGGGUUGACGCCCCCAAACACGGCAAAAUACGACAGAGGACGGGGUCUCUGCUACAGACACGACCACACACGUCGAGUCGGUCAUAAUUAAGAGGGAUUAUUUCUAGACAUUGAAGGAAGUCCUGCUCAUUGUCCUUGUAAAAGAGACUUGAACUGGUUUUGCUGGUCCCAGUGGACCAAAGUGUUUUCUAGCUCCAUAGCUUUCACUUCAUUGCAGUCGGGUCUGACACAUGCUCAGUCCUGGUUGUGGUUGUCCAUGCCUCCAUUGGGCCCCACCAUGUGGGCCUGGGCUCCGAUGGGGUACCGCUGAAGGACUUUCUGGUGGACCCGCAGGAUUUAUUCCGAUUUCGUGUGGAAACAGACCCGAUAACAAGCAUCAAGAAUAACUAUAUAGAAAUAAAAAAUCGUGUUUACUUAUGUAGGUCAUAUAGAGGUAUCAGUAUUAAAUUGAGAGUGUUCAUACAGUAACUUUAAGUAUUCUCUUUUGCGUAAGACGUAUUAUCACAGUCUUAAAGAUGUACGAUCAGGAUUGCUGUCGAAUUGUAUCGUAUCUUUUUAGUCAUUUUGAUGAAAAACUAAUUGAUUUGUUUCCUCUGAUUUUGAUUUUUCAAUACAUGUUUUUUUUUGAUGCUCAAGAUCUGAGGUUACAGUCUUCGUACCGUAAAACACUGUAACAUGUUUAUGUGACGCUUCAUACAUUCUUAGUUGCAUACUGUAGUUUUGCAACACAGACUCUCAAAUACAGUUUUCGACUGCAGCACUGUGGAGCGGUUGGAACUGGUGAAAGGUCAAAGGUGAAUCAUGAAAUCACAAAUGCUACUUUCUAAAAACCCAAAGGAACGAAUGUGCCUCAUUUAGGUCGUUUCUACUUUUCUACUUCAAACAUUCCUUUGAAUUGAAGUUGCCUGAAGAAAAAAAAAAUGCACCAAAUUGCCGAUUUUGCUUAAAUCACGGCGGAAUCAAAAGACGUUUUAACAAUGCGUCUCGCGUGGCUCCUGAUCCGGCCGUGUUUGAAUUUUUGGGACGACUGGAAAGACGGCGCAGAGAAAUGACGUCUCGCUGCGACGCAACGACACACGCCGUGUUUCCCACUUUAAUGUUGGCCGACAACAAUCCGGCUGUGGCACACGUCCUUCCCGUGAUGCCAUUCCACAUACACACCGUGUAAAUAUGUUCAACUUCCCUCUCGCUCAUGAGGGGUUUGAUAUGGAAUUAAAAAGGGUGACCUUUAUGCCACAUAAGCGGCUUUCGGGAAUCAAGCCGAGUGACUCGCAAUACGGAAAAACAAAAAAGGAACCACGAACUGUCAUGGAAUGGUAAACUAAUGCAGGGUAGAGGCAGUCUUCUUCUCCUUUCCCCCCCCCUUCUGUUCCUUCAUUCUGUGUAUCUCGAGAUGAGUUUGUGGUGAAUCACCAGCGGAGUCAUUUUCCCGCCUCGGAGAUCCGCUUUGAUGUUGUUUCCGUGACGAUACUUAAUGCUGGCCUUCAUUAGCGGCGCCUGCCAACCGGUUACAGAGACGCGUCCCUUCCUCGCGCCGACCGUGAUAAUGUGCUGCCGCGUACACAUCGUCUUAACGGCGCACUGGUAUUGUGCAUCGGGAGGUUGGGGAGGCACCUCUGAGCAGGAAGUAAAACCUCAUUUUCAUGUUUAUGAUCAACUCGCGCCAAGAGUGUCAAAAAACAUUAUAGAUAAUGUGAAGAAUUGAUCUAAAAAGAGUCAAAUGUAGACAUUGCUCCGUAGCGCCAGGAGUUGUCUUCCUAUUCUGUCCUCUACUCUGUUUCUCUUCCCAUUCGGUGCCUCACACUUGAUCUCAUUUUCUUCUCAUUUUCAUCUCAACUUGGAGCUCUCAGCUCAUUUUCUCAGUUUUGUACAUUAUCUUCAAAGAGAAAAGUUUUUUACGAAAUAAAACGUUUCCAAAGAUC